AUUCCUGGCACUAUAGAGCCAGCCCCAAUUUCUCUGACAGCGGAUACAUAACUGCGAAGUUAGUGAAGAGCCCCAGCCUCCGUCUUCCUCCCAGCCGGGGCUGUGCUGCUGCUGCGGCGUGUGUGUGGGAGAGAGGGAGGUCCUCAGGAUACUGCUCAUCAUCAGUAACACAAGACAUCCACAGGCAGCAGCCGAGGGCUGGGAAACUAAAAGUUGGAGCGGACACGUAGCCUGCUGCCAUCGCCCUGACCCUGACAGCAGCAGCCUGGCCCCGGGCAUCCCUCCCCGCUGAUCGCCUGUGUGCGAAGCCUCCAGCUCAGUGCUCUUUGCUGCUCACCGAUCUCUCAGAUGACAGAUUUAAACACUUUCUAGAUGCAAUUAGCCGCUGCGCAGCCUCCAGCGGAUCCCGGUAUCGGUGACGCUGACAUUCCUCUACUCCUGGAGGUAAUUGUGCAGCUAUAUUUAUUAAGGUGAGGUGUACAGUAUAUCGCCGGACGGCUGAGAUAGCGGCGCACAGAGCCCAGGGGUCUCUCUUCCAGCCGCACUGCUGCUGGGAUGAUCAGGGAGGAGGAAGCAGCAGAUGGAAGUUCUUAGAGUACUUGGCAGUAGCAGCCGGGCGCGGGGAACCAGAGCCCCCUGAUAACAGCGCUGCCCGUGCCGCUGGCAUAGAUGUGCGCCCGGAUCGCCUUACUGCACCAUUUGAUAGGUUCUGGCACAGUGUCAGGCGUCUGAGACGGCCCGGGAAGUCGGUCACAUCUGCCCACAGCAGCUCCCUGGGGUAUCGCGUUACACCCGUAAAGGAAUCUCCAUCAGACCGUGGCCCAGUUUUGGAAAGAGCCGAGAACGCUGUGGCUCCUGUUGGGAUGUGGGUGCCAGGGUCUGCAGCGGGCUGAGGAUGGCAUCGGCCGUGUUUGAGGGCACCUCCCUGGUGAACAUGUUUGUUAGGGACUGCUGGGUGAACGGGAUCAGAAGACUCAUCAUAAACCGGAGAGGGGACGAGGAGGAGUUCUUUGAGAUCAGGACUGAGUGGUCAGACAGGAAUAUAUUGUAUCUGCACAGAAGUUACUCCGACUUGGGGCGACUUUUUAAGAAGUUGCUGGAAACCUUUCCGGAGGAUCGUGGGGAGCUGUCACAGUCAUCUCUCCUGGAAGGACUUAUCACAAUCAAAGAAGCUCAUGAAAUAGAGGCAAGACUUAAUGAAGUGGAAAAACUCCUGAAGACUGUCAUAAACAUGCCUUGUAAAUAUUCAAGAUCAGAAGUUGUCCUCACAUUCUUUGAGAGAUCCCCACUGGACCAGGUGUUAAAAAAUGAUAAUGUUCACAAGAUUCAACCAAGCUUUCAAAGCCCUAUAAAGAUAUCUGAAAUUAUGCGAUCCAACGGCUUUUGUUUAGCCAACACAGAAACAAUCGUCAUCGACCACAGCCUUCCACAUGUUAAAGAUCCUGACUUGGAUGUAGAUUCAACGGAUCAUUUAUUUGGAAAUGGAACUGAUUUUUCUCCAGAGGUCGAGGACACUGAUGACCCAACAGCUUAUGUUACUAAUUUGUCCUAUUACCAUCUGGUUCCAUUUGAAACAGACAUUUUAGACUAAAGCUAUCACAAACAUGCCAGGAUUUCUUUACCGUGAAGGUAAAAACUCAUCAGUGCUGCUAUCCCUGUGGCCUUCUAUAAACUAUAGCAACUAGCACAUAGAUCACAGUAAGUAGAAGUACAGCAGAACUUACAACAUGCCUUAAUAUCAAUAAGAGGCAGAAGAAACGCUUUGGAAAGCUUAAAGCAAGUUUGCUGUAAUUAUCCAUACCACAAUACUUUCCUGGCCUGUUACCGCAUGCACCCAGGCCUUUGCGACUAUAGUGCAUGAUCAUGGCUACCGGCUCCUACACGUGUUACCAGAGUAUUGGGGAUCUAGGUACCGGCAGCAAUAAGUAUACUCUUAUUUACCGUAUGUCACAUCCACUAGAGAAAAUGAAGGAUUCCGUGGCGCAGUGUUUCAGUAUUAUGACAGUGUGUUAAGAGCAACAAGUGAAAAAUGUUCAAAAGCUGAACUUGUGCUAGAUUUUUUUUUAAUCUAUGAUAUCGUUGUAAUGAGAAGUUGUAAAGAAGACCAGAGUUUGUUUGCAGUUUCCAAAUGGACAUCAGUAUGUUUAAGACUACGUAUGCCAAAUGUAUGUCAGAUGAGAGCCAGCAUUGCUGGGUAACUGCUUAUGUUGCACACUUGCAGCAUCUACGUUACAAUGUAGGUUCCUGUGCAAUAUUAACCUUUUGGAUUCUUUGUUUUGUAUAGGGAUUUCUGCUGGAAUGGCGUUUCCUUUGGUGGGUGUAGACUUAAUUGCUAAGUUAUAAAUAAAACACACACAACAAAUCUUCCCAAUCUGCAUACUAAUAGGAACUACAUUCUAAUGUAAAUAAUAGUAAAUUAUUGAAAAUCCUAAAUCUUUUAUACAGUACGUUUUAAAAUCUAUUUUAUUGAAAUCCAAAAAAUAUUACUCGCAAUAAAUAUAUUUAAUAUCU